AUGCGCGUUAGCAAACUCGUGUUUCUCGACAGCUUGAACUACUUUCACAUGCCUCUGAGUGCACUGCCUAAAUCUUUCGGUCUAAAAACUGCUCUCGCCAAAGGAUCUUUUCCCCAUCUGUUCAAUAGGCCCGAGAAUCAAAAUUAUAUUGGGCCGAUGCCGCCUGCAGCCGAUUACUCUCCCGACACUAUGCGCCUGGAGGAAUGCGAGCGUUUUUUUGCAUGGUAUAACGAGUUAAAGAAUGCCUCUUAUGUAUUUAACUUUUCAAACGAGCUCAUAACCUAUUGUAAAAACGACGUUACGAUAUUGAGACAGGCCUGUGUGGUUUUCCGGAAAAUGUUCAAGGACAGCGGACGCGUUUGCCCGUUUAGCGAAAACACAACAAUCGCGUCCGCCUGCUUUCAAAUCUUUCGAAAAAAUUUUUUAAAACCUAACACGAUCGGUAUUAUACCUACGGGCGGUUACAGAUGGGCUCACAAUCAGUCAAAAAAAGCGGUCUCUUGGCUCGUGUGGAUGGAGCAUUCUUUAAAUCGUCGUAUCAUUCACGCAGGACGCUCGCGCGAGUUUAAAUUGCCUCAAAAUUUAUUAGUAGACGGUUACUACGAAACACCUGAUUCAGCCCACGUGUUACAGUUUCACGGUUGCUAUUGGCACGGGUGUUUGAGCUGUUUCACUGUAAACAGAGACCGUGUACAAGGCGACGGUGAUACACUGAACGAGCGUCUCGAGAGAACAAACGCUAUAUCGCAGAGAAUCCGCUCAAGCGGCUACACGUUAACCGAGAUUUGGGAGUGCGCGUAUGACCGGAUGAUAAAAACAGAUUUAGAGAUGAGCGCUUUUGUGAGUGAUCACCCUCUGGUUCGAGCGGAGCCUCUCAAUCCGCGCGAUGCUUUUUUCGGUGGUCGCACGGAAAACAUGGUCACUCUGUACGACGUGAAAGACGGGGAGCAGAUACGAUAUGUUGACGUUUGUUCUUUGUACCCAUACAUCUGCAAGUACGGCAAAUAUCCGGUGGGCCAUCCAACGGUAUACGUCGGCGACGAGUGCAGGGCGCUGACAGGUCCCGAAAAUAAUAUCAGUCUUUCCCGCGUCGAGGGCCUUGUUAAAUGUACAGUGCUUCCACCGCAAAAUCUUUAUCAUCCGGUGCUGCCGGUGCGAAUGCAUCAGCGCCUGUUAUUCGGGUUAUGUCGUAGCUGUUGCGAAACAAUGAACCAGGACGCGUGUCCUCAUGAAGACCCCGCGGAGCGUGUGUUUAGCGGUACUUGGGUAGUGGAUGAAUUGCGAAAAGCUAUUGCGUGCGGGUAUAAAAUAUUAACCGUGAGCGAGAUUUGGCAGUAUAAUAUAACGCAGUACAACCGCGAUACACAAAAGGGGGGCCUUUUCACCGGGUACAUAAACACUUUUCUUAAAAUCAAACAAGAGGCUAGCGGUUGGCCCGAGGGUUAUGCAGAUGACGAGGCUGCCCAAGAGCGUUAUAUAACUGCUUUUAAGACAGCCGAAGGGGUUCAGCUGGAGCGGGGUGCGGUAGCGAAAAACCCGGGGCUGCGCUCGGUAGCCAAACUUUGUCUUAACUCCUUUUGGGGUAAAUUUGGACAACGCGAAAAUUUACCGCAAACAGAAAUAGUAUCGACACGCGAAAAACUUAUGGAGCUGCUAAAUAGCCCCGAGCACGAGAUCACUGGUAUGCUACCUGUUAACAACCAGGUGCUGUAUGUUAAUUAUACGAAAACCAGUGAUGCUGUAAUACCGUCUAAUAUAGCAAAUACUGUCAUAGCUGCAUACACCACAGCCCAAGCCCGUUUAAAACUUUACACCUAUCUCGAACCGCUGGGUAAGCGUGCUCUGUACUGCGACACCGAUUCCGUUAUUUAUGUCACGAGAAAAGAGCCUGGAGAGUAUGAACCGCCAACGGGUCAAUUGCUAGGGGAUUUAACCGACGAGCUAAGCUCCUACGGCGAGGGCAGUUACAUUAAGUCUUUCAUCUCAGGCGGCCCUAAAUUUUAUUCUUUCAUAGUUAAUACGCCGAGCGGCGCGGAAAGCGAGGUUUGCAAGGUUAAAGGCAUAACGCUGAAUUACGCAAACAGCUCGCUGAUAAAUUACGAAUCAAUACGGUCAUUUAUAAUAGGUGAGAGAGAAAAUCCUGUUGUACUACAGUUUGAUUCAAUACGUCGUACGCCGUUCCACCAGGUUGUCACACGACCCGAAAAGAAAUCGUGCAUGCCUCUGAGCGUCAAGCGAAGACGUGAUGGCGAAUACGGCUCGCUCCCUUACGGCUACAAAUAA